AUGCAGAAGGCUAUCUACGGCUUAGUAUACUUGGUCCUAUCAUGUUUUGUGCAGAGUGUAAAUGCUCUUCGCUAUGAAAUAUCAGCCUCGGAAAAGCCGGAGCCAAUUUGCAUUCGUGACUUUGUAUCUGAAGGUCAAUUGGUCGUUGUUGAUGUUACAAGUGACGGUCAUGUCGGGGAUGGCCAAGUUCUAAGUUUAUAUAUCUAUGAUUCUAUUGGAAACGAGUACCGUAGAAAGAGGGACUUCGCAGACGAAGUGCGUGUUGUUUUCACAGCUCCUUCAACCACCUCAUUUGAUAUUUGUUUAGAGAAUGUCGCUCAAUUCAAAGGAAGAUCUAUGAGUAGAUCUGUCGAGCUGGACAUCGAAAGUGGUUCACAGGCCCGUGAUUGGAAUAAGAUCAGCGCUUCAGAGAAGCUGAAACCUAUUGAAGUCGAGUUGCGUAAAAUUGAGGAAUUAGCUGACGAAAUUGUUGAGGAGUUACAAUAUUUGAAAAACAGAGAAGAAAGACUCAGAGACACAAAUGAGUCAACUAACAGAAGGGUCAGAAAUUUUUCGGUGAUUGUCAUUAUUGUUCUCAUCAGUUUGGGAUUAUGGCAAGUCAACUACUUAAGAAAUUAUUUCAAGGCCAAGCAUAUCAUUUAA